AUGGAAGAAGAGCUUUUUUUCUACUGGUUAAAGCCAUGUGUAUUCUCCAUAAUAACAUUUCUGUUUGUUCUAAAGGUUUUCGUGUUGAUUUGGUGGAGACCCAGAAAAAUUGAAGAGCAUUUCUCUUUACAAGGGAUUAGAGGUCCCCCUUAUCGCCUUUUUGUUGGAAAUGCUAAAGAACUUGUUAGUUUAAUGUUGAAAGCUUCUUCUCAACCCAUGGAUUUUUCUCAUAAUAUACUUCCUAGAGUUCUUUCCUUCUAUCACCACUGGAAGAAAAUCUAUGGGGCGACGUUUCUCGUAUGGUUCGGGCCAACCGUUCGACUCACCGUGGCUGAUCCCGACUUGAUUCGAGAAAUUUUCACUUAUAAGUCGGAAUUCUACGAGAAGAACGAGGCUAGUGCAUUGACUAAACAGCUCGAAGGCGAUGGACUCCUCAGCCUCAAAGGAGAGAAAUGGGCUCACCAUAGGAAAAUCAUCACCCCUACCUUCCACAUGGAAAAUCUUAAAUUGUUAAUACCAAUGGCAUCAAGGAGUGUGACUGAAAUGUUAGACAAAUGGCUCAAUAUGUCGAAAAAUUCCGGUGAAGUUGAAAUUGAAGUAUCGGAGUGGUUUCAGAUAUUAACCGAAGAUAUCGUCGCUCGAACUGCGUUUGGAAGUAGCUACGAAGAAGGAAAAGCCAUUUUCAGAUUACAAGCCCAACAAAUGGCCCUUGCAUCUGAUGCAUUUCAGAAAGUUUUCAUCCCGGGUUAUAGGUUCUUACCCUCGAGACGGAAUAUAAAGUCUUGGAAAUUGGAAAAGGAAGUUAAUAAAUCCCUAAUGAGAGUGAUUGGUCAAAGGACAAAGAAUUGGGGGCAUGAAAUUGUAGAAAGUGGGCCCAAAGAUUUGUUGGGAGUUAUGAUUCAAGCAAGUUUGAAGAGUGAAGAGUUGAAUUUGAAUUCAAGAAUUACUGUCAACGACAUUGCUGAAGAAUGCAAGACCUUUUUCUUUGCUGGUGAACAGACAACAUCAAAUUUGCUGACGUGGACGACUGUUUUGCUAGCUAUGCACCCGGAAUGGCAGGCCCUAGCACGUGACGAGGUUCUCAAGGUGUGCGGAUCACGUGACUUACCCACUAAAGAUGAUGUUGUCAAGCUCAAAACGUUGGGGAUGAUCUUGAACGAGUCGCUUAGACUCUAUCCACCGAUUGUGGCAACGAUCAGACGAGCAACGACGGACGUGGAGCUUGGAGAUUUUGGCUCUACAUGGGCUAGUCUCAGGGGAUUUGCUAGUAGCUAG